CGCAUUCGGCCUGUGCCAUGAAUCAAAAAAUAAUUGAAAUCGACAUUCAGAACCACCAUUUGACAAAGUCCUCAAUCUUUGCAAAGUUCCUGAGAACUGGUCACAGCAAGUCCACUGUGGAUGGGCCAAUUUGCUUCAUCGCUGAUCUAAAAUGACUGUGGUGCCAGUGCAAGAAGACAUUGCCGUGUCGUGCUGAGCCGGGGGCCACCACAACUUUAACUGGACUAAAGACAUAAAAAGAAAGAAGAACAAAACAGGAAGUAAAAACUUUUAGGAGCCAGUAAACAGCAAGUUGUCAGACUUUGGAGAGCGGAUAACAAGACUAACUGUAUAGCUGCAAGUUCGAGUCGGAGGUCAAACUUGUAGACCACUCCAGAUCGACUUUUUAAACUAUCAAAGCCUGGACGAACUCCCAACAAGCUGCUGACGCUUUGGUUGCCUUCCUUCAUUAUUUUAGCCAUCCUUUUGUAUCGAUAGUCUAAAAAGUAAGAGUAGUACUAAGUCACUGGACCAGCAGCAAGGUCAGAUGUCAAACGUAUGAACCCACGAAUUAAUUUUACUUUAAUGCCUUCCUGCAUAGUUUUAGCCACCACUUUCUUUCAUUUAACUAGUGUCAAGCCAGAUGGAAUGGUGAAUUAUCUGUACAGCUGCAAGGUCGAGUGGAAAGUCAAAACCUAUGGACCACUGCUUCUUCAAAUGCAAUCGACAAGGUGUUAGUACUCCUCUAUUGCCUUCCCAAGUCAACCAAUCAGAAGUCCCUCUGUUUCUGCCUAUUGCACUAUUGAAUGAACUGUACUGCAGUAAGGUCAAGCCAAAAGUUAAACCUGCGGACUACAAUUUCAAAACACGCUUUUAAUGCCUUCCGAGUACUGUUUGCAUUGGAUGUAACCUAUUCCACUCUAUUGAAAAGAUCAGCUUGUCACAACACAUUACUGGCUUGUUUUUUUUUUGGUAAUUGACAAGCUGUACUGCUGAAAGUCCAAAAGUCAAAUAGGGACAACUGCCUCUUCAAAUUGACUUGUCAUGUUUUAAAGUUGCUAGCUCUUGCCAACUGCUUCCUGGCUUUUUCAUAGGCACCAUUUUGUGUCAUUAAACUACUUGAAAACAACUCAACUCAAUCAAUCAAUCAUUCCACUUGCCCAGUGUGUCUUUGCAGUACAUUUCACUUGCUUUUUUCCUUAUCUCCACGUGGACUGUUGAUGCGUAGCGAUGGCCGUGGGACAGAAAGGUGCCAUCCGGUCCGCUCAAACCCCCUCCAGGCCCCCUCGCACCCCCAUUGCCUCUCGGACCGGCUGAACACCCAGUAUCCUUUGCAGCAUCGGCAGCAGAAGCAGAAGGCUCGGAGCGGGACAGGGCAGUAUGCAGGAGACUGACAUACCGGCCACAAAUGCCUUCACAGAGUGCAAGUUCCAGUGCACCAACGGUAAGUGUCUGCGCCUGGGCUCUCUGAUCUGUAACCAGCUGAAUAACUGUGGAGACAACAGUGAUGAGGAGAACUGCCCCGUGGUGACGCAGCACCCUCCCCCGGGCAUCUUCAACUCUGAACUGGAGUUUGUUCAGAUCGUCAUCAUUAUCGUGGUGAUGACAGUGAUGGUGGUGGUCAUCAUCUGUCUGCUGAACCACUACAAACUGUCCACCUGGUCCUUCAUCAGCCGACAGAGCCAGGGGCGGAGGCACGACCACGCAAUGCAGCAGGAUGGGUGUCUGUGGCCUUCUGACAGCGGCUCUCGACAAGGAGCUUCAGAGGUGCUGUACGCCCCUCAGGCUCAUCGGGACCGCUUCACAGCACCCUCGUUCAUGCAGCGUGAUCGCUUCAGCCGCUUCCAGCCCACGUACCCUUACUUGCAGCACCAGAUCGACCUGCCCCCAACCAUCUCCCUGUCAGACGGAGAGGAGCCCCCGCCAUACCAGGGCCCAUGCACCUUACAGCUGCGAGACCCUGAGCAGCAGAUGGAGCUGAACCGCGAAUCGGUGCGGGCGCCACCCAACCGAACCAUCUACGACAGUGACUUGAUUGACAUGGGAGGGGGCGGGGUUUUGGGUGGGGGGGUCGGUGGGGCAGGUGGACCCAGACCACCUAGCAGUAACUCGGGCAUCAGCGCGGCCAACUCCAGCACCCAUGGGCGAAUGGAGGGCCCACCACCGGCCUACAGCGAGGUGAUGGGGCACUACCCCGGAGCUGCGUUCUUUCUUCACCAGCACAGCAAUAACCAGAGGGUGGGGGGGCCGGGCAGCAGGACGAUCCAGCAGCAGAGCCAAUCAGAAAGCACAAUAGUACCUGCCAAGGCCAAGGACGGCCGACCGGAAGACCUGGUGUGAGGAGCCUGAGGCCUGGACUGAACUCUGUCCUCUGUUCUCUGUUCUGUCUCUGCUGUGGCCAACGUCACCUCUGCUCUCAUACAGCAGUACUCACAGGCAAAUGAAUUUACAGUUCCAGCGCUAUUGUGCUGUGUUUUAAUAGCUUCAAUAUUACAGACAAUUAACUGCAAAACACGCACAUUUGCAUCUGUUUCAAACAAAUGUAAAUUGUGGCUUUUAGUGUUUUUGGCUAACAAUCUCAUAAUGCCACAUGUUGCAUUGUUGAGCUUAAAUAUUUGCAUUAAGCAUUCCACAGCUGUCGGCCCUGACAUUAAACGGCUAUAAUAACUUCUUUCAAAUGUACUGUUCAUUGUAUGGUGAGUGGGGGUGUUUUUUGGCACACAGCACCUGUCUCUCAUGUCCUCUGUCCACACUCCCAUGCACAAAUAAAUAUUAGCUACAAGUUAACAAAGGACAGCAAGGAAGCAAGCGUAGACUUGUGUUUCCUGUGUUGGAGUCCAAAGCGCUGGGCUGGACGUAUGCACUGCGUGGAGAGGCUUUUUCCUCACACCACAAACUGCAGCACAGAAUGAAAUGCUUUCCUCUUAACAUCCUCCUGUCACCAGAACUGAGGAGGUCACUUUAUUGUCAUUUUGUUUUCUUUUCAUUUUGGACCGGGAUCUGUGCACAAAGCAAGAAUCAAGGACUACUUCUUCUAGAGAUCACAACUAAAACAACUGACUCCAAACCCAAAUCUUAGUGCCAAGGUUCAUGAGGAAGCAAAAUAAAUGGGGGAACUUCAACAUUCAACACAAACAAGAAAACGUUAUCUUAAAGUUGCACUAUCUUUUUGUUGUAAAAGAGAAGAGGGAAACGUUGCUCUGUGAUGAAAAUGUCUUUGUAGUUUUUUCUUCUUUCUUUUUGGUCCUUUUUCAUGAAUGAAUGGACUGACUGAACUCUGGCUCCAAACUUUAUUUAAACAGUUGGGAGCAAAAACAACAAAAAAACAAACAAAAGUAUUAUAAGCUUAUGUCCUUCCUCUUUUGAAACCGCAACAAAACUUGUACCCAGCCUAUGAUCCCUGUCUGCUUACUUCACAGGCACAGUAAGACUUAGUAAGAGAAUAUCCCUUCACCUGUGUACACUUCACUGGAGACCUGCCUCCAACAUGGCGACUGGGCAGACCAUGCAUUUUCUUCUUUCUUUUUGUCUUACACUCUAAAAAUAUACAAAUUGCAGUAUGGUCUGAAGUCAUCUUACUAUAACGCCAUAUAAAAUAUGUGCCUACGCUAUAUGCUGGGUUAAAAUUAUGUCUAGAUGCAGACCUGCCAAACAUUCAACAGGAAAAUGGUUGACAAAAGGGUUUCCAACUGCUAUACUUUGUUGCAUUUUGGCGUUGUUGUUUAGAGUUGAAUAAUUAUUUGCUAAUAACUAGUUGAUAUGAUCUUACUAACUAGUUUUAAUCCACUUUAAAUACUUCAGUGUAUCUCGGGUUUGUCCAGUCACCAGUUAAAGGGAGUUUCUAUUUCCUAGCUCCUUAAAAUCCCUGCAUCCCUCAUCUGCACAGUGCAUUUUGCCAACACUGCACCCCUUGCGAAACACCGUGGAAAAAAACACAAAUCAAAACUAGAAGCUUCACGUCUCUAAAGCCACAACAAAAACAACUAAAAAGUUCAGAUUCCUGUCUGCAUUCGCCAGCGCAGCAAUCAGGUUUAAUAAAAAACGUCUUGUGGUCGAAGUCAAGGGCUAUGGGAGGGUCCUUUUUUUGUAAGAAUUUUUUGAAAAAAACAAGCCUUCUCUGCUCAUUGUUGCCUUCUCCGCUGCUCUGUCUCUUCAUCUUGUCGGCCAUCUUUGCACUUCCCUCUCGCUCUUGCCUCUUAGCAGUGCCCAGUCAAAGUGUGCAUAUGUGAGUCCGCUAAGCCCUUUAAGAGUAUAGAGACUGGAGACCUGAUUUGGCAGUGUGCAAGUGCAGUUUCUUUGUCUAUGUAUUGGUGGGUAUAUCCCUUUUAGCGACACAGAAAGGCACUUAACUCUCUGCUAGACUACUGGAGUACCGUCUGAGUGUGUUUUUUGUAUGUGCGUUAUUAUUAGCUUUUGUGAAGACUCAAUGAGGUUUAUAUGUUAACACUUAAAUCGUCUUUUUACAAUGGACCUGUGUAUACAAAGCCACACAGAUGCAUUGGGGAGACUGCAAUGCGUAUUUGGCCUUGCUGUUAAGACAAAAGCCUAUACCAUGCCAUCAUGUCAUAAAUCAUCACAAGGGAUUGUUCUUAUCCUUAAUAUACAAUGCCAAGACCCAGUGCUAGUUAUAUCUUCCUUUUCUGAUUUUCCAACAAUAGCAUAAUCUACGUUUACGAUAUGCCCAUAGAUGGUUUCAGGUACACCCCUCUAACCUCUUCUAUAUAUAAUCUUAAUAUUGCUCUGUAAGAUCCUAUGAUGGAAAAUUACUUCUCCAUUAAAAUUUUCACAAUAGAAUAUUUUCAAUGCAAUGAAAGACGCUUGAUUCAUACCAAUUUUUAAACCACAAUGAUAGAAAACAGAUAUUUUUACACAAUUUCUUUAAUAUAAUCAGUACUUUCGAUCAGUAGUUUUGAUACUACAUUUGGUAUUGAUUAGUAUCUUGGUUUUGUUACUUUCGAUAACCUUGAUCUCCAUGAAUGCUUAGUGCAGUUUUAGCUACUGCUUUUUUUGACUAAUGAGUACCCGAAAUUCUUACUUUUUGCAUAUCCUGCAGAUUUUGAGACUGUGAGAAGUGAGAAUUUAUUAAUGAAAAAUUCAAGAUUAAAACUUAUUUCAUGCAGAUGGUGGAUAUAAUAUACUGGGUCAUGGUUUAUUUUUUUUUAUUAAUUUAUUUUUUUACAUAAAAUUAGAUCCUUUAUUUUACUUUUGCUGGUGUUAGUCAAAAUAAUUUCCAACCCUUGCUUUUUAAUACGAGAACCCAUUUGUACUUUUCUGCUCGCAUGGGGAUCAUCAGUGCAUUUGAAUGUAUGCCUCAUCCCUAGCCCGUACUGCUCUAUUUGUUAAUACAUCGCUGCUAAUGCUGUUGCUGCUAUCGCUACUAUUGUUGCUACUGCUAAAGCUCUCAUGCUUCCUUUUCUCUUCCCUCCACAACCAUCAUCUUACUCCCAAUUUGCGUAAACUUUCUAGAUAAUCCCAAACUGGCUACGGUCAAACGCUCCAAUGUACUGAGACUAAAAUUCAACCAUACGCUUUGCAACAUUUGACAUUCUUCUACAAGUCUCAAUAAGUUUCGACCACAGCAUCCAGUCCUGCUAUACCUUUCCUCCCUCUCUCUCUUUCCGUCAGUUCCCUUGGCUUGUCCUGUCUGUGCAGUCAUAGCUUGUAAAUGGAGGAUAUAAAGAUGAAUUUUAUGUUUUCUACAAGGAGGUUUGCAUGUUACUAUUAUGUGAGUAAAUAAGGUGCCUAAUGUUCAUGUUUGAGCAGACCACACUGGGCCAAAUUGUUGCUUGGGAUUGCUGCAGAGGCUAGCACUUGCAUCUGUUCCACACAGUGCUAACAAAAGUUCAGUAGCGUCACACUUUUCUUAACCUGCUCUUAAAGAUGCUAUUUGAAUCUAACUUACAUUUUGAUUAUAUUAGCUUGUACUGCGUUAUAUUCUUUUCUAUGCCCUAGUUGCCCCUGAUGCCCUCCCGACCAACAUUUUGUCCAUGUGUGGAGCAGACAUAGGAACCCACUUGCACUCAAAGCUCCCACCUUCGUUGUGCCUCACUUCCAACGGUGCUUUUUUCAGUAGUCUGUCUCUCUUUAUGUUUGUUUGUAAGGUGCUGUAUAUAACUUGAAUAUAUUAUGCACAUAUCCUACCCAAUGGGUAGACACCACAAAAGUUGUGAAUAUUGUAAUAUAAUGUAUAGACAAUAUAAGAAUUUUAAGAAAGGCAGCAUCAAAUUUGUAAAAAUGCCUACAGUUAAAAAUGUGCUUUGUCUUUUUUAUGAGAAAACAUGGUUUGCAAAGGAUGCUUAGAAUAUGGUUGCAACACAAAUUACUACUUAUAAUAUUUUGCUAUGAAUAUGAGUCUGUUAUGAGAAGAUGAGAACCUGUGGCUUAAAGACGUUGGUGAGAAAGAAUUCACUUGUCUUUUGGACUUUCUGAUUUGAGUCCACUAACAGGUGUGUAGUCAUGCUGAUGUAAAAAUGUCACGUAUCACAUUGCAUUGGCCUUUGUCAUAGACUGUAGAAAAUAACAGACUGAGGAAUCAGUGAAGGUAAAGCUGACUUAUUGUGUUUUAGGCGUAUUAUAAAAAGACUUUUCAUCUUGGCAACAAUGAAGGUCAGCCUUGUAGUCAUUGCUACUAAUUCAAUUGACAACCUGCCAAUUUCUUCUAGCUUUUUCAAGUUAGUCUUACGAUAAGCUCCAUUAAUGCAUUAUGAAAUUGCAUUAUAGCCAUUAGCUUUACUAGAGUUGUAUUCUAUAGCUGCAAAUAUGGCUCAUAAGCUGACUUUGCCAAAUUGAUAGUGACUUAUAGAUGCCUUAGUCUGUUACAUUCUACUGUCUAUGGUCCUUAUGCCACAACUUCAUGUCUGAAAAAUGGCCGUGUGAGCACAUGACCGCAGCCCUCCAGAGCACUUCCUGGAUAGGACGCUUAGUACUUCUACCAGUCGUAGUUUGGUUAAUCUGCCAAAGCUUGUCUAGCAUGUUUAGCACAGCCUGAUUCUGGAUUUCAAAGCAUUUCAUCUCUAAAAACCUAAUCAAAAAUCUGGUCAUUCCUUAUAUUUUUUUCUCUUUUUUUAAAUACAUAUUUUUUCAGUAGACCGUUGCACCAAGUGAGGAUGAGUAACGCUGUUGCAAUUUUUUUUUCAUUUAUUUUCUAUACAUUCAGAUGUUAUUUGUGGCGCUGUAUAUGAUUAUGGACAUCAUGUUUGAUACUUAAAACUUGCAGUCAUUUAUUUACAGUAUGUACCCAGUAACUCCACUGUACAAUAUCCACAGAGCAUGUUCAUUCUUAUCUAUAGACGAUGUACAUAGCAAUGCGCCAUUCUCUCUUCAAAAGCACCAAAUAAGUGGAAGUUGUGUACUUUUCUUUCGGAGAGUCUACUUAACAUUAUUUUGGUUUUCCUGCACUAGCUUGAAGAACUAACUUGGGCUCAGACUGAUUUAAUUUGAGUUUUUUUCUUUUCUUUUUUCUCUUUACAGCGCGCUCCCUCUUUCUAAAACUCCGUAAUCAACCGCUGAUGACAAGUAGCUGUUUUUAUUGUUCCAGAUUUUAUUCUUGUCAAUAAUGAAUAAUACAAAUUUGUCUAUACAGUCUGGUAUUUCUCUUGUCUUGACAGUUACCAUAGGACUGCUUCCAUCAUGGAUUUUGUAACAUUAUUUUGCUUUAUUUACAACUCCUCUCGUCAACCCCCCUCUUCUGCCCCCUCUGCGUAUAAACCUUGGAUAUCUACAUGACUAUACAAGCGUGUUCUCUGUAGCUAUCCAAAACGCGGAGGUAAAAAUCGUUGUGUAUCUUUUGCCUCUUUUUAUUUAAGCAAUUGUGAUGUAAUAGGUUUUAGGCCUAAGGUCUGUUAUUGCAAUACUUUUACAGAAAAGAAGAAAAAAAUGAAAAAAUGUUGCUCUAAGUGCUGUUGUAGUCAAAGAUUUUAUGCUUGUACUUAUGCUGUAGUCAAACUGCAGCGUAACAAAUAAAACUUUAAAAGUGAUAA